AAAUAGGAGUGAUCUGCGAGUUGAGCGAGAGGUAGGUGAGAGAGCAACCCAGGCUGUCCUGUGAACAUGUCUGAGCCUAUUAGAGUUCUGGUGACUGGCGCUGCUGGGCAGAUUGCCUAUUCACUGUUGUUCAGUAUUGCCAAGGGAGAUGUCUUUGGCAAAGAUCAGCCAAUCAUCUUGCUCCUUUUGGACAUUACGCCCAUGUUGCCAGUCCUGGAUGGUGUUGUCAUGGAGCUGCAGGACUGUGCCCUCCCCCUUCUGAGAGAGAUUGUUCCCACUGACAAAGAGGAGGUGGCCUUCAAGGACCUGGAUGCAGCCAUCUUGGUGGGUUCCAUGCCUAGGAAGGAGGGAAUGGAGAGGAAGGACCUGCUCAAAGCCAACGUGGCCAUCUUCAAGAGUCAGGGAGCUGCCCUGGAGAAGUACGCUAAGAAGACCGUGAAGGUGCUGGUUGUGGGAAAUCCUGCCAACACCAACUGUCUGAUUGCAGCCAAGUCUGCUCCCUCCAUCCCCAAAGAGAACUUCUCCUGCCUCACCCGCCUGGACCACAACAGGGCUCGCUCUCAGGUGGCGAUGCGCUGUGGCGUUCCUGCCACCCAUGUGAGGAACGUGAUCAUCUGGGGCAACCACUCGUCCACCCAGUACCCAGACGUGCACCACUGCCUGGUCCAAAUGUCCGGCAGUGAGCUUGCCUGCUUCGAUGCAGUCAAAGAUGAUGCCUGGCUCAAAGGAGAUUUCAUUGCUACAGUGCAGCAGAGAGGCGCUGCAGUCAUCAAGGCCCGGAAACUGUCCAGUGCCAUGUCUGCAGCCAAGGCCAUCUGUGACCAUAUGAGAGACAUCUGGUCAGGCACCCCAGAGGGUGAGUUCACUUCUAUGGGGGUUUACUCCACUGGCAAUUCCUAUGGAGUCCCAGAUGACCUCAUUUACUCAUUCCCUGUCCAGAUUAAGGACAAGAGCUGGAAGAUCGUGGAGGGCCUUGCCAUCAAUGAUUUCUCCCGAUCGAAGAUGGACGCCACAGCAGCAGAGCUUUUAGAAGAGAGAGACACAGCUGUGGCUUUCCUGGGAGUAUGACUAGACCCUGCAGGGCCACCUUCCCAGCACUUAGACAGCCCCAAAACUCCAGACGCACGCCUGUGAUAAAGCACUCCACCAACCCCUGCAUUACUGUAUGCGUGUAUGUGUGUGUGUGUGUGUGACAGAGAGAGAGUGAGAGUAAGUGUUUAUGAGUGUAAAGGUGGAUUUAUACUUGUGUGUUGGAAGGCUGUGUAGUAAAAACCUAGAACCUAUGCACUCAGCCACUUACACUGAAGUGCACCUUUUAACAAAUGUACAGUAGCAACAGAGAUUAUGCAGCCAGUGACUGGCUAGCUAGGGUUGCUUGUGUUUUCUUUCACAAGUUUCCAAUACCGCUGGAGAUGGUAUGGUGUUGAUAGUGAAGACAACUUAGAAAAGCUCAGCAAUCUUGUCCUAUUCAGUAUCACCAGACAUAUUCUGUAAUGUAGCAAAGCCAGGUGCACUACAAACCUACUCAUUAUGAUUGCCACUCUUUGGCUUUAAAUGAUUGCAUGGUAUUAGUCCUCUAUUUAGUAGACACUAUAGACACCUUUGGCAGGAUUGCAGUACAUCCUAACACACAAGUAUAACUCCACCGUAAGUAUACAGUAUAUACUGAAAGUCCACCAAAUUUGUUACCAGCUAUUUUCCAAUACUUUUUCUCUGGGGGUAAGUUAAUGGAUGGUUGUUACAUAUAGUCAGUGAUGCACUAAGUCCUCAAACACUGGAAUGGAUAACUUUUAAGCUGAAACAAUAAAAUAACUGAAAAAAGUA